UCUACAAGCAGAGAGAGAUGGCAGAAACCGCCCCAGCUGCAGCCGCCCCGCCGGCCAAAGCGCCCAAGAAGAAGUCCGCCGCUAAAGCCAAGAAAGCAGGUCCGGCCGUCGGUGAUCUGAUCGUUAAAGCCGUGUCCGCAUCCAAGGAGAGGAGCGGCGUGUCUCUCGCUGCUCUGAAGAAAGCUCUGGCCGCCGGCGGCUACGACGUGGAGAAGAAAAACUCCCGCAUCAAGCUCGCCAUCAAGAGCCUGGUGACUAAAGGCAUCCUGCUGCAGGUCAAAGGAACCGGCGCCUCCGGAUCCUUCAAGAUCAGCAAGAAGGAGACCGAGACCAAGAAGAAGCCGGCGAAGAAAGCGGCCCCUAAAGCCAAGAAGCCCGCGGCCAAGAAACCCGCUGCUGCCAAGAAGCCCAAGAGCGCAGCGGCAAAGAAGCCCGCCGCUAAGAAAUCGCCCAAGAAGGCCAAGAAACCCGCUGCCGCCGCCAAGAAGGCCACGAAGAGCCCCAAGAAGGCGAAGAAGCCCGCGGCGCCCAAGAAAGCAGCCAAGAGCCCCAAAAAGACCAAGGCCGCCAAACCCAAGACAGCGAAGCCUAAAGCUGCCAAGCCUAAAAAGGCAGCUCCCAAGAAGAAGUAAAAACCUGCUGUUUUAUUCCCCAACGGCUCUUUUCAGAGCCACCCACAAACUCGAAAGAAAGAGCUAAUUAUAUGUUGAAUUAAGGUUAGGUUAAGAAAUCUAACUAACUUAACUUAAUUAGCAAAGUAAAUAAAACUGCAGAUACAACAUGACAAUCCCAUCAUCAAGUCAUUCUCCAUCUCUGUAAACUUCAGGCAACACAAUAAACGGAAAAGAACAAAUACACGUUACACACAGCAGCAGAGAUUAAAGAGCUUCAGAAUCGUUCUGUAGAACACAGUCAUUACUGAUCUCCCACUAAAUCAACACCGGUCUACUACAAAUACUACUUGAUGUCCUUCAUAGUACUAAAUCAUUUGUGUGUGUGUGUGUCCUUGUUCUCUUUUCCACGAAAACCUCAAGAGAAUCUGAAUCCAAACUAAUGAUUGAACCAAUCUUUCCGAUCAUGUUAUUAAUCCUGUUUUUAUCAUCCACAGUGAUACCAGCUCCCCAGCAGAGCUCUGCAUAGAACAGAAGAGGCUUUAAUGACACAGCAAUUGAACUUCCUCAAAAAUAAUAAUCCUGACCGCGGUUCCUUUUAAAGACAACCUCAAUGUACUUUCUCCAGUGUAAUUUACCGUCCAACAGGACAACGAUAAAGUUAAUAAGAAUGGACUAUUUCUUUCUUCUGACCAUGGAUUGUCAGCUGUAUUACUGCUUCCUUAUGUCUUCAUAAAUUAAUAAUCAUAUCCUGAACUCUUCUUCGCAAAAUAAAUAAAUCAUCUCUUCUAUUGUUCAUGUCAUUGUUUAGUUUGAUUAGAUCCAC